UAUCAAAGAUGAAUGUUGAAGUGUUUAAAAAAAUUCUCGAUCUGCGGCCUUUAUACUCAGUUUUGAAAAGUCGCCAAUACUCAAACGCGGACGAUAUAUUUAAGUUCUAUGAUGACCAGCCGAGCCACAUGCUGGAGUUAAAGGAGAAAUAUCGCACCUUGGACGAGAAAGAUUACAACAGAUUUAUCAGCAAGAGGGCUAUGAAGAGGGAGCCGGCGUUGACCAGACAAAUAACGACCCUUUCUUAUAAUGUGAGCAAGGAAAUGAUAUCACUAGCUGAAGGCAUGCCCAACGAAGCUAUCUUCCCAUUCACGCGUCUCGAAAUGUCCACCAGGAGCGGUGACACCUUGGUGCUGGAAGAGAAGGAGCUGGCAACCGCCCUGCAGUACCUCCCAUCUCAAGGCUUGCCAUCCCUGCUGAAGGAGCUGAGGCAAUUCCAGCAAGACUUACAUCGCCCCCCUCCUCUGUCCCGCGACGUGAUAGUCACUAACGGCGCUCAGCAUGGAAUCUAUCAGUGCGUUGAGAUGCUGGUGGACCCAGGUGAUCCCAUCAUCACCACCGAAUUCACAUAUACUGGAAUUCAUAGUGCUUUGAAGCCGUAUCAACCGGAGAUAAUCGGAAUACCAGAAGACGAGAACGGUUUAAUAGCUGAAACAUUGGACUCCGUUCUCAAAGAGAGGUUAGCGCGUGGUCUCAAGAUGCCACGUCUAUUGUACUUGAUACCAACUGGCAACAAUCCCACUGGCACCGUCAUAAGCGGGGAGCGACGACGACAGAUAUACGAGCUUGCCUGUAAAUAUGACUUCUUGUUAGUGGAAGACGACCCUUACAUGUUCCUUAACUAUAAUAAGGUCCCGACCCCGUCGUUUUUAUCCCUGGACGUUUGCGGCCGAGUGAUCCGUCUGGACUCCGUGUCGAAGGUGAUCAGUUCGGGGCUGCGGGCCGGCUGGCUCACCGCGCCCACCGCGCUGAUGCACCGCGCUGAGCUCCACGCCCAAGCGGAGCUGCUCCACUCGUGUACCCUGGCUCAGACAAUUCUCCUACACUUAUUCUCCAAUCGUAGCGCUCUCGCCUCUCAUCUGCUCUCUACGCGAUCCUUCUACGAGCUACGGCGUAACGCCCUGAGUGCUGCCUUGCGCGGUAUCGAGGGCCUCGCAGACUGGUCUGAGCCCAAUGCCGGGUUGUUCCACUGGGUGCGUGUGCGCGGCGUAGAGGACGUUUAUAAUAUGGUAUUUCACGUCGCAUUCCAACGAGGCUUGAUAUUAAUACCCGGACAAGCUUUUCUUUACGACACCGGCGCCACCUGCCAGUAUAUCAGAUUAGCUUUUAGUAAAAUAAAUGUGAAUAAUAUGGAAACCGCAAUACGCUACCUAGCGGACAUAAUCCGAGAGGAGCAAAAACUUGUCAAACAACCAAAAAGGUUAGCUACUGAAAGAUAGAUGGCGGUAGCUGCUCGACAAAUACACAGGAGCUCCUUAAUAUUUUUGUGUUACAAUU